AUGAGUUCCGACUCGGAAAUGGCUGUUUUUGGGGAGGCUGCCCCUUACCUCCGAAAGUCUGAAAGGGAGCGCAUCGAGGCCCAGAAUAGGCCCUUUGAUGCCAAGACAUCAGUCUUUGUGGCGGAGCCCAAGGAAUCCUUUGUGAAAGGGACAAUCCAGAGCAGAGAAGCAGGGAAAGUGACGGUGAAGACUGAAGGUGGAGCGACUCUGACAGUGAAGGAAGACCAGAUCUACCCUAUGAACCCUCCCAAAUAUGACAAGAUCGAGGACAUGGCCAUGAUGACCCACCUGCACGAGCCCGGAGUGCUGUACAACCUCAAAGAGCGCUACUCAGCCUGGAUGAUCUACACCUACUCGGGCCUCUUCUGUGUCACCGUCAACCCCUACAAGUGGCUGCCGGUGUAUAAUGCAGAGGUGGUGGUGGCCUACAGGGGCAAAAAGCGCCAGGAGGCCCCGCCCCACAUCUUCUCCAUCUCUGACAACGCCUAUCAGUUCAUGCUGACAGACCGGGAGAAUCAGUCCAUCCUGAUCACCGGAGAAUCCGGAGCAGGAAAGACUGUGAACACCAAGCGUGUCAUCCAGUACUUUGCAACAAUUGCAGUGACUGGGGAGAAGAAGAAGGAGGAAAGUGGCAAAAUGCAGGGGACGCUGGAAGAUCAGAUCAUCAGCGCCAACCCCCUGCUGGAGGCCUUCGGCAACGCCAAGACCGUGAGGAAUGACAACUCCUCGCGCUUUGGUAAAUUCAUCAGAAUCCAUUUUGGCACAACAGGAAAACUGGCUUCUGCUGAUAUUGAAACAUAUCUGUUAGAGAAGUCUAGAGUUACUUUCCAGCUUAAGGCUGAAAGGAGCUAUCACAUCUUUUACCAGAUCACAUCAAACAAGAAACCUGAACUGAUUGAAAUGCUUCUGAUUACCACGAACCCAUAUGAUUAUCCAUACUGCAGUCAAGGGGAGAUCAGCGUGGCCAGCAUUGAUGACCAGGAAGAACUGAUGGCCACAGAUAGUGCUAUUGAUAUUUUGGGCUUUACUAAUGAAGAAAAAGUCUCCAUCUAUAAGCUCACAGGGGCUGUGAUGCAUUAUGGGAACAUGAAAUUCAAGCAGAAGCAGCGUGAGGAGCAGGCAGAGCCAGAUGGCACCGAAGUUGCUGACAAGGCAGCCUACCUCCAGAAUCUGAACUCUGCUGACCUGCUCAAAGCCCUCUGCUUCCCCAGGGUGAAGGUCGGCAAUGAGUACGUCACUAAGGGUCAGACUGUAGAGCAGGUGUACAACGCGGUGGGCGCCCUGGCCAAGGCCGUCUACGAGAAGAUGUUCCUGUGGAUGGUCACCCGCAUCAACCAGCAGCUGGACACCAAGCAGCCCCGGCAGUACUUCAUCGGGGUCUUGGACAUCGCUGGCUUCGAGAUCUUUGAUUUCAACAGCUUUGAGCAGCUGUGCAUCAACUUCACCAACGAGAAGCUGCAACAGUUUUUCAACCACCACAUGUUCGUGCUGGAGCAGGAGGAGUACAAGAAGGAGGGCAUCGAGUGGACCUUCAUCGACUUCGGGAUGGACCUGGCCGCCUGCAUUGAGCUCAUCGAGAAGCCCAUGGGCAUCUUCUCCAUCCUGGAAGAGGAGUGCAUGUUCCCCAAGGCAACGGACAUGUCCUUCAAGAACAAGCUGUAUGACCAGCACUUGGGCAAGUCCGCCAACUUCCAGAAGCCCAAGGUGGUCAAAGGCAAGGCCGAGGCCCACUUCUCCCUGAUUCAUUACGCUGGCGUCGUGGACUACAACAUUAUAGGCUGGCUGGAGAAGAACAAGGACCCCCUGAACGACACCGUGGUCGGGCUGUACCAGAAGUCUUCCUUGAAAACUCUAGCCCUCCUCUUCUCUGGGGCUCAAACUGGGGAAGCAGGUAAUACUCAAAAAUCGAAUACUUUUCCUAGGUAUUAUAAAGGUUCUAAGAAGAAGGGCUCCUCCUUCCAGACCGUGUCUGCCCUUUUCAGGGAGAAUUUGAACAAGUUGAUGACCAACCUGAGGAGCACCCAUCCUCAUUUUGUGCGGUGCAUCAUCCCCAAUGAAACCAAAACUCCUGGGGCCAUGGAGCACGAACUUGUCCUGCACCAGCUGAGGUGUAAUGGUGUGCUUGAAGGCAUCCGCAUCUGCAGGAAAGGGUUCCCCAGCAGGAUCCUGUAUGCAGACUUCAAGCAGAGAUACAAAGUUUUAAAUGCAAGUGCUAUCCCUGAAGGACAAUACAUUGAUAGCAAGAAGGCUUCUGAGAAGCUCCUUGCGUCCAUCGACAUUGACCCAACCCAGUAUAAAUUUGGUCACACCAAGGUGUUUUUCAAAGCUGGUCUUCUGGGGCUCCUAGAGGAGAUGAGAGAUGACAAGCUGGCCCAUCUGAUCACCCGAACCCAGGCCAUGUGCAGAGGGUUCUUGGCCAGAGUGGAGUACCAGAAGAUGGUGGAGAGAAGGGAGUCCAUCUUCUGCAUCCAGUACAACAUCCGAGCUUUCAUGAACGUCAAGCAUUGGCCCUGGAUGAAACUGUUCUUCAGGAUCAAGCCUCUGCUGAAGAGUGCAGAAACUGAGAAAGAGAUGGCCACAAUGAAAGAAGAGUUUCAGAAAAUGAAAGAUGAACUCGCUAAGUCAGAGGCCAAAAGGAAGGAACUGGAAGAGAAGAUGGUGACAUUGGUGAAAGAAAAAAAUGACUUGCAGCUCCAAGUUCAGGCUGAAGCUGAAGGCUUGGCUGAUGCAGAGGAAAGAUGUGACCAGCUGAUCAAAACCAAAAUCCAGCUCGAGGCCAAAAUCAAGGAGGUGACCGAGAGAGCUGAGGACGAGGAAGAGAUCAAUGCUGAGCUGACAGCCAAGAAGAGGAAACUGGAGGAUGAAUGUUCAGAGCUCAAGAAAGACAUAGAUGAUCUGGAGCUGACACUGGCCAAGGUUGAAAAGGAGAAACAUGCCACAGAAAAUAAGGUGAAAAACCUCACGGAAGAGAUGGCAGGGCUGGAUGAAACCAUCGCCAAGCUGACCAAGGAGAAGAAAGCCCUCCAGGAGGCCCACCAGCAGACCCUGGAUGACCUGCAGGCAGAAGAGGACAAAGUGAACACCCUGACCAAAGCUAAAAUCAAGCUGGAGCAGCAAGUGGAUGAUCUCGAAGGGUCCUUGGAGCAAGAAAAGAAACUUCGCAUGGACCUAGAAAGGGCUAAGAGGAAACUUGAGGGGGACCUGAAGCUGGCCCAAGAGUCCAUAAUGGACAUUGAAAAUGAGAAACAACAACUCGAUGAAAAACUCAAAAAGAAAGAGUUUGAAAUGAGCAGUCUGCAAAGCAAGAUUGAAGAUGAACAAGCACUUGGUAUUCAAUUGCAGAAGAAAAUCAAGGAGUUACAAGCCCGCAUCGAGGAACUAGAGGAGGAAAUCGAGGCAGAACGGGCCUCCCGGGCCAAAGCAGAGAAGCAGCGCUCCGACCUCUCCCGGGAGCUGGAGGAGAUCAGCGAGCGGCUGGAAGAGGCUGGUGGGGCGACUUCAGCCCAAAUUGAGAUGAACAAGAAGCGGGAGGCCGAGUUCCAGAAGAUGCGCCGGGACCUGGAGGAGGCCACCCUGCAGCAUGAAGCCACGGCGGCCACGCUGAGGAAGAAGCACGCGGACAGCGUGGCCGAGCUGGGGGAGCAGCUCGACAACCUGCAGAGGGUCAAGCAGAAACUGGAGAAGGAGAAGAGCGAAAUGAAGAUGGAAAUCGACGACCUUGCUAGUAACGUAGAAACCGUCUCCAAAGCCAAGGGAAACCUAGAGAAAAUGUGCCGCACCCUUGAGGACCAGCUGAGUGAACUCAAAUCAAAGGAAGAAGAGCAGCAGCGCCUGAUCAAUGACCUGACAGCCCAGCGAGGACGCUUGCAGACCGAGUCUGGGGAAUUUUCACGCCAGCUUGAUGAAAAAGAGGCUCUGGUGUCUCAGUUAUCAAGAGGCAAACAAGCAUUUACACAACAGAUUGAGGAGUUAAAGAGGCAACUUGAAGAGGAAUUAAAGGCCAAGAACGCCCUGGCCCACGCCCUGCAGUCCUCCCGCCACGACUGCGACCUGCUGCGGGAACAGUACGAGGAGGAGCAGGAAUCCAAGGCCGAGCUGCAGAGGGCGCUGUCCAAGGCCAACAGCGAGGUUGCUCAGUGGAGGACCAAAUACGAGACGGACGCCAUCCAGCGCACGGAGGAGCUGGAGGAGGCCAAGAAGAAGCUGGCCCAGCGGCUGCAGGCGGCCGAGGAACACGUAGAAGCCGUGAACGCCAAGUGUGCUUCCCUUGAGAAGACGAAGCAGCGGCUCCAGAAUGAGGUUGAGGACCUCAUGCUCGAUGUGGAAAGAACAAACGCUGCCUGUGCAGCCCUGGACAAAAAGCAAAGGAACUUUGAUAAGGUCCUGGCCGAAUGGAAACAGAAGUAUGAGGAAACACAUGCUGAACUCGAGGCCUCCCAGAAGGAAGCCCGCUCCCUUGGCACUGAGCUGUUCAAGAUGAAAAAUGCCUAUGAAGAAUCCUUGGACCAGUUAGAAACCCUGAAGCGAGAGAACAAGAACUUGCAGCAGGAGAUUUCUGACCUCACGGAACAGAUUGCUGAAGGAGGGAAACGUAUCCAUGAACUGGAGAAAAUAAAGAAACAAGUGGAACAAGAAAAGACUGAACUUCAAGCUGCUUUAGAGGAAGCAGAGGCAUCUCUCGAACAUGAAGAGGGAAAGAUCCUGCGCAUCCAGCUUGAGCUCAACCAAGUCAAGUCUGAGAUCGAUAGGAAGAUUGCAGAAAAAGACGAGGAGAUUGACCAGCUGAAGAGAAACCACAUCAGAAUUGUGGAGUCGAUGCAGAGCACGCUGGAUGCUGAGAUCAGGAGCAGGAAUGACGCCAUCAGGCUCAAGAAGAAGAUGGAGGGAGACCUCAACGAGAUGGAAAUCCAGCUGAACCACGCCAACCGCAUGGCGGCCGAGGCCCUGAGGAACUACAGGAACACCCAAAGCAUCCUCAAGGACACCCAGCUCCACCUGGACGACGCUCUCCGGGGCCAGGAGGACCUGAAGGAGCAGCUGGCCAUGGUCGAGCGCAGAGCCAACCUGCUGCAGGCCGAGAUCGAGGAGCUGCGGUCCACUCUGGAGCAGACGGAGAGGAGCAGGAAGAUCGCAGAGCAGGAGCUCCUGGAUGCCAGUGAGCGCGUCCAGCUCCUCCACACCCAGAACACCAGCCUAAUCAACACCAAGAAGAAGCUGGAGACAGACAUUUCCCAAAUGCAAGGAGAGAUGGAAGACAUUGUCCAGGAAGCCCGCAAUGCAGAAGAGAAGGCCAAGAAGGCCAUCACUGAUGCCGCCAUGAUGGCUGAGGAGCUGAAGAAGGAGCAGGACACCAGCGCCCACCUGGAGCGGAUGAAGAAGAACCUGGAGCAGACGGUGAAGGACCUGCAGAACCGUCUGGAUGAGGCCGAGCAGCUGGCCCUGAAGGGCGGGAAGAAGCAGAUCCAGAAACUGGAGGCCAGGGUGCGUGAGCUCGAAGGAGAGGUGGAAAGUGAGCAAAAGCGGAGUGCUGAGGCUAUCAAAGGUCUGCGCAAGCAUGAGAGAAGAGUGAAGGAACUCACUUACCAGACGGAAGAAGAUAGAAAAAAUAUUCUCAGGCUUCAGGACUUGGUAGAUAAACUUCAGGCCAAAGUGAAGUCUUACAAGAGACAAGCUGAAGAGGCUGAGGAACAGUCCAACACAACUCUAUCUAAAUUCCGCAAGAUCCAACAUGAGCUGGAGGAGGCCGAGGAGCGUGCUGACAUUGCUGAGUCCCAGGUCAACAAACUGCGGGUGAAGAGCCGGGAGGUUCACACCACCAAAAUCAUAAGUGAAGAGUGA